GCGACCGAAGCGAGCCCGAUCUCUUUUCUACCUGGCCUGACUCCUCUUGGGUUAUGCGCUUCCGAUCUCACUCAUUCUAUCAGCUCAUCCGUCACGCAUUUACUCUCAGCCGGACUCAACCUGCUGGCCAGCAGCAAAUGUCUAAUGGUUUCAUCUCCAUUCGCUCUUGGCGUCAAUCAUCUCCCAUCGUCUUCUCUUCUCCUGCCUCAAAUUGACUCACUGAUGAAUCGAGCAGACAACUCAGUGGUCGAGUCUCCUAUUUCCGACCGUCACUGCUCCCGUUUCGGUUAUCGCGCUCUCGAAGCCAGAUAUCUGCUGGCUUUGGCAAGCAUCGACGCUCUCCUUGAGGCCUGUGAAGCAGUUGGUGAUUUGGGUAGCUUGUCAGCGAACACUUCCUCGAAUGCUCUGUCUCUUCCAGCCUGCAAUUCUAAUGACACUUCAGAACGACGCCAACUGCUGAUAGCUUUGUUAUGCGCCAGAAACGCUUUUAUGCCUCCACCCAGUUUAAUGAAUCGAAGCAGCUUAACUCGUAGACGAUGCAGCUCUUGCUCUUCUGAGCCAGCUUCGAAAAGGCGAAUUCAGGACACUUUCUCGUACAAGCUUCGCCGAGCCCGAAGCCAGUCCUCUAUCCAGCUCAACUUUGGGCUGCUACAUAAAGUUGCUUCCUUGCUCAGGAAUGAAGAGAUUCCUCUUGGAAGGUCUAUUUUAAGACAUAAAGAGGCUUCCUGCUUCACAGCUUCUCAGCCGAGAUCUGUUUCAUCUGAUGGCCUACCAUCAGAACAUGUAAACUCUGAUACGGACAGACAGAAUGGAGAAAAGCAUCAAUCCGGUCUGCAGACAUCUCGUUGGUCGCUGCUGAGAUCAGUUUCUUCCCAUCUCCACAGUUGUGUUCUCUUCAAACUUCAUGCAGCUAGCUGUAGGGUAAGCUAA